AUGAAUAGUUUACUUGUAUAUAUAAAUAACUUUGAAUGGGUCACUGGAGUGACACCGUUCUCCUCGGUUUGGACUCCUCUGAUCGCAACUUUUGCCUAUCUAGUGGUUAUCUUUUCAUUGCAAGAGUUUAUGAAAAAUAGAAAGGAGAUACAUUUACAUUACAUCUGUUUGGCUCACAACCUAUUUCUAUCUGUUUUGUCAUUGGUAAUGUUCCUCGGUAUUCUUGUGCCACUCUUUAUCACAGAAGUACCACAAGGUCUCUACCAUAUCGUUUGUAAACCAGUCACCAAAGGUCAAAUCCAAUUUUUCUACUACAUUUUCUAUCUCUCCAAAGUUUAUGAAUUCUUGGACACAAUAUUUUUAGUAUUAAGAAAGAAAAAAUUAUUAUUCCUACAUAUGUUAAAUGAGUGUUUAAUAUUUAAUCUACAUGAACACCAAAAAGAUGUUUCAGUUAAUGUCGAGACUUGGGUUUCGCAAUAUUGCAGUAAUAGACUGUACUUAUGGGUCACAAGUUCAUAUGCAAAGUUUGUUGGUUGA